GCCUCGAAGGCGGAUAUAUCUGACAUUCGUGACAUAGCGGGUUUGAUUUAAUUGAAUUUAUUUUGUCUUGCUGUGAAAGGUUUUAUUUUUUUGAUAAAACAAUUUUUCUCGUCAGAUUAAAUCAUAUUUAAAAGAUUGUUUAUCUCUACAUUGUUUGGAAAUGCUUUAACACCUCCUGGCUCAAAGCAUAAGCAGUUCUGAACAAAUUUAUUAUUUGUCACGUACAAUUUAAGAACUGAUUGACGUUAAACUGCUAUCAUGAUUUGUUUCAAAAUACAAAAAGCAGUUUUGGGUUCUUUUAAACUUCGUAACAUUAAUGCAAGGUAUAUUAGUAGUUUACAAACAAAAAUUAAGGACAGUUAUUACUUCACACCAGGAGAUGUUAUGCUAUCCAGUUCUCGUAUUGGUGACAUUAUUGAUUACAGUGCAGAUAAGUGUGGUGACAAUGUUGCUGUGAUUUCAGCUUUUCAAAAUGUAUCCAAAACCUAUUCAGAACUUAGACAUGAGACUGAAAGGCUUGCUUCUGGUUUCAUUUCCAUUGGACUAAGUAGAGGUGAUAGAAUUGCCAUAUGUGCACCAAAUUGUUAUGAAUGGUCUUUGGCACAAUUUGCUGCUGCCAAAGCUGGCCUUAUUUUGGUGAAUAUUAAUCCUGCAUUUCAUAGUAUGGAAUUGGAAUAUUGCCUAAAAAAGGUUGAUUGCAAAGCACUUAUUACUUGGGAUAAUCUGCUAACACAGAAUUAUUAUAACAUGCUGUGUGAUAUUAUUCCAAAUUUACCAAAAAGUACACCUGGAAAGCUGCAAAAUAGCAAACUACCAAAUUUGGAAAGCAUCAUAAUGAUUUCCAAAGAUAAUAAAGAAGGAAUGCUUAAUUUUAAAGAUGUGCUUGAUAAUGGAAAUAAGGAAAGUAAUAAAAUGUUAUCAGAGAUUGAAAAGUCAGUUCAGUUUGAUGACCCUGUAAAUAUUCAGUUCACAUCUGGUACUACUGGUGCUCCUAAAGGUGCUGUUCUUACUCACCACAAUCUAAUAAAUAAUGCUGUAAUUAUGGGGCGAAGAUUUGGGUUUCAUAUACAGAAACCUACUGUGUGUUGCCAGCUUCCAUUGUUCCAUUCUUUUGGAUGUGUGCAUACUUCACUAGGAGUAUUGUAUUAUCAAGGGACUUGUGUUUUCCCAUCUCCAAUAUUUCAUGCUGUUUCAAGCUUGAAAGCUAUUGAAAAACAUGAAUGUUCUAUUAUUUUUGGAACUCCAACUAUGUUUGUUGAUCUCAUUCGUAAUUAUCAGCCUGGAAAGUUUAACACUGGAUCUUUAAAACGAAGCAUUGUUGGGGGAGCUGCAGCACCUGCUACCCUUAUGAAUGACAUUAAAGAAGUUCUUGGAAUACCCAAUGUUGGAAUAGGAUAUGGCACAACUGAAACAAGUCCUGCAAUUGCAACCAAUAGAUACCUAGAAGAUUUUCAAAAUUCAUUGAAUGGGGUUAUGUUACCUAUAGAAUAUGUUGAAGUAAAGAUUAUUGAUAGUAAAGGAAAUUUAGCUCCGGUAAAUGUCCAAGGUGAACUUUGUACUAGAGGGCACAAUGUCUUUUUGGGAUACUGGGAUGAGGAACAGAAAACAGCUGAAGUUCUGGAUAAAACACGUUGGUAUCGCACUGGAGAUCUGGCCGUAAUGAAUGAUGAAGGCUUCGUUAAAAUUGUUGGAAGAAUAAAAGAUAUGAUCAUCCGCGGUGGAGAAAAUAUUUAUCCCUUGGAAAUCGAAAAUUUCUUAAACACUCAUCCAUCUGUUCUUGAAGUGCAUAUUUGUGGUGUUCCUGAUCAAAGACUGGGCGAAGAAGCUUGUGCUUGGAUUUGUCUGAAAGAGGGCAAGCAGCUUUCGGAGGAAGAAGUUAAACAAUUUUGCAAAGGAAAGAUAAGCAAUUACAAGAUACCUCGUUAUGUUAUGUUUGUGCAAAAUUUCCCCAAAACUGCCACUGGAAAAGUAAAGAAAUUUGAAAUGACAAAGAUUUCAAUUGAAAAGCUAAAACUGUGAUAUAUAUAGCUUUUUCAAAGUAAUAGCUUUCUGUUAUCAUUCUGUUGCACUUGUAUUUUCUACUACAUUUAUCGGAUUAAUAUAUUCAAGUUGAUGCUUUUAUAAUAUGGAUUUCGCUUAACAAGAAUCAUUUAAAUGGAGUUAAUCCUUUAAUAUAAAUGUAAUAAAGUUGAAAUGCAUUUAAUGUUGCAUCUAUAAUUUUCUAUUUAUAUAUUAAUAUUUGACAAUUUAUAUUCAUGUUUUUUUUCUUUCAUUUAUUUUUGGAUAACUUCUGGUUUAUUUGAAGCCAAAAGGAAAGGAAAAUACCAUAGACUGUAUUUGAUUCGAAUAAUUUUGUAAAUCAUUAAAAUCAGAUACAAUUUAAAUCUUUUAAUUUUUUUUUCUUUUUCCCUUUUUUUACACAAAUAUAAAUGUCACAAAGUCAUAAAUUACUUAAAAAAAUAAUAAUAAAUUACACAAAAUGAAGUGCUGAAAUGGAAGUUAUUUCAAUUAUCUAUUAAUAUGAACUACAUUUAUUUUGAAUAUGAGGUUUUGAAAUAAUACAGAAAUAAUUUAUAACCUCCAUAUCUGUGAUAAAUUUGUUAUUUCAAAUGUUAAUAUUCACAUUCAUAAAGAUUGUAACUCAAAUUAUAUUAUUUAAUCCUGAUUUGAAUUACAGAUAUUGUAAUAUUUCCUAAUGGUUGAUUUAAUAUGCAUUAAUAUUUCAUUUCAUUGCUAGUAUUCAUUUGAAAGCUAAUUUAUUAGACACUGUCAAAUAUUCUUGUUGUUAUAGUUUAUUAUUUUUAUUUUAUUACUUGUUGUAAUAUCAUUAUCUGGUGAAAAACUUUUGAGUUUAAACUCAGAUCUAUAAAUUUUAUAUGAAUUAUCUUUUACAUUAUCUGAACCUCAGGAAAAAUAAUCUUGUGAUCUUUUGAUAUCUAGGAAGGAGUUUAUUUUUAUUAAAUCAUAUAUAUUCUGAUAUAUUAUGUUCACCAAUUAGUUGAAAAUCGCUAUUCUUGGAUUCUUCCCAUGAGUAGAAACAUGCUUUUUAAACGAAUUUGUAUAGUAGGAUUACAUUUCCAACAAUCAAUGUUGCUUAUUAAAAGUGAAUUUAUAUAUCGUUCCUUUUAUAUCUCAUUUUAAGAAACCUCCUAAAAGGACGUAUAAAUGGAGCUUCGCUUAUUUUAAAUAUCUUCAUUAUUACAUAUUAUAAAAUGAAUAUCGAAUAUGACUUCUGAAUAAAUAUUUUAUAUUUCAGAUUGAACUUCUUUAAUUACUGUAUUUUAUUUCAGUUUUGUUGUUUUUAUCCUGCAUUUUUAAUCCACAUUUCUUCUAUAUAUAUAUAUUCAG